AUGACACUUGUACCUAGGCGUAUCGUUCACUACACCACCACUGACUCUAAAAAGCGCGUAAACGCCGCAUAUCUUAUUGGAUCGUAUUGUAUCAUAAAUCUCGCGGCGUCUCCGGAAGAUGUGUACAAUAAGUUAAUGGCCAACAAUGGACUACAUUUCUUGCCAUUUAGAGACGCGGCGUUCGGUCCCUGUAGUUAUCACUUGUAUUUGAUUGACUGCUUUAAAGCCGUCAAAAAGGCUUUGAAACACAAGUUUCUGGAUUUUGAAAAGUUUGAUAUCGAAGAGUAUCAAUACUUUGAGAAGGUGGAGAACGGGGACCUGAAUUGGAUCGUUCCCAAUAAGUUCAUUGCAUUUUGUGGGCCGCACUCCAAGUCAGUGGUGGAGAACGGCUAUGCAUUGCAUUCUCCGGAGUCGUACUUCACGUACUUCCGCAAGAAUAACGUGACCACAAUUGUUCGGCUCAAUAAGAAGCUGUACGACGCGAACCGAUUCAUCGACAAUGGNACUCCAAUGGUGGAGAACGGCUAUGCAUUGCAUUCUCCGGAGUCGUACUUCACGUACUUCCGCAAGAAUAACGUGACCACAAUUGUUCGGCUCAAUAAGAAGCUGUACGACGCGAACCGAUUCAUCGACAAUGGCUUCGAUCACAGGGACCUCUUCUUCAUCGAUGGAAGCACUCCAAGCGAUGCCAUUAUGAGACAGUUUCUCGACAUCUCUGAGAAUACUAGCGGAGCCGUCGCCGUUCACUGCAAGGCUGGUUUGGGCCGAACGGGAACUCUAAUCGCCUGUUAUAUUAUGAAACACUACAAAUUCACGGCCGCAGAAGCAAUCGCUUGGAUACGAAUCUGUAGACCCGGUUCUAUAAUCGGAUUUCAACAGCAUUGGCUUCAAGAAAAAGAGACGUAUCUUUGGCUUCAGGGAGACAUUUGUCGCAACAAAACGUCGACUAAAAACCAGAAUUUGAUUAACAAUAACAACGAAGACAUAAUCAAUAAGAAUUAUUAA